AAUUAAUGGGCAACGCUUGUUUUAAUAAUUGUCAUGUUUUUCCCAUCUCUAGGAACUGCAACUGGUGCCAUCUCUAAUGGCCAUCGUUGGUUUUCGUGUUUUUGCAGAGUUUGUGUUUGUCCCGCCAAGUGCCGGUGUUUCUGAGUCUCAGCCAUGUCUGUGGUGAUAGAAACCACACUGGGCGACCUGACCGUCGACCUGUUCACCAGCGAGCGCCCCAUCGCCUGUCUGAACUUCCUGAAGUUGUGCCGGCUGAAAUACUACAACUUCAACCUAUUCCACACGGUGCAGCAGGGCUUCAUCGCCCAAACAGGUGAUCCCAGUGGCAGUGGAGACGGAGGCUCCUCGAUUUGGGGCGUUGUGGAGGGGCCGCAGAAACGCUUUUUCGAGGCUGAGUAUCUGCCUAAAAUUAACCACUCUAGUGCCGGGAUGCUAUCACUAGUCAGUGCCGGCAAGAAUCUAGUGGGCUCGCAGUUCUUCUUCACUUUGGGCGAGAAUCUGUCCUCGUUGGAUGGGUGCCACUGCGUCAUUGGUGAGGUGGUGGAAGGUCACGAGGUGCUCCGCAAGCUGAACGAUGCCAUUGUGGACGACAGCUUCCGGCCGUACCAGGAUAUCCGGAUCACUCACACUGUGGUGUUGGAAGAUCCUUUUCCCAAUCCUCGCGGCCUUCAGGCUCCCAGUCGCUCGCCAUCGCCCAGUGCGGAGCGCCUCCAGAAUGGACGCAUCGCUGCUGACGAGGACAUUGACGACACAGACGGCAUGACCAUGGAGGAGCUGCAAGAGAUGCUGGCUGAUCGAGAGGCCAAGGCGCGCGCAACAAUCCUCGAGAUUGUUGGCGAUUUACCGGAUGCGGACAUGGCUCCGCCCGAAAACGUUCUCUUCGUGUGCAAACUCAAUCCUGUUACCACCGACGACGAUUUGGAGAUCAUUUUCAGCCGCUUUGGAGUUGUCAAAGGAUGCGAGGUGAUUCGCGACCGCAAAACGGGCGACUCACUGCAGUAUGCCUUUGUUGAGUUUGAGGACCAGAAGUCCUGUGAGGCAGCCUAUUUUAAAAUGGACAACGUACUUAUCGACGAUCGUCGCAUCCACGUGGACUUCUCGCAGUCGGUUUCCAAGGUCACCUGGCGUGGCAAAGGACGUGGAGUUGUAGGUGACGAGGGAAAGCUGGACUUUGACAAUUUGCGAGACAACAACGAUCGCAGAAAACCCAAGAAUGGCAGGGGAACUGACGACAACAAAGAUCGCAGGAGGACAGAGGAUCCAAGAAGCAGAAUGAGUUCUGCGGAGCGACGAAAGGCGAGGGAGCACCGUCACUUGGAGCGCAAUGAUCGUAACGACCAAAAGAACGUGCGAAGACGAUCGGGAUCCAGGGAGCAAAGGGAGCGACGACGCUCGAGGUCAAGAAAUCCAAACAACAGUCAAGCAAGGGAGAACUUAGAUCGAAGGCGCUUUAAUGAACGAAAUCAAAGGGAUCGUCACGAGAGGAGAAAUUCGCGAUCUAGAGAUCUUGCACAAAGAAGGCGUUCUAGGUCAAAUGAUCGAGUGGAAAGAACACAGUCUAGAUCAAAAGACCAAAUCGAAAGAAGACGUUCUAGGCCAAGAGAUCAAAAUGAAAGACGGCGUUCCAGAUCCAGGGAGGGCUUUGAUCGUAGAAGGGUAAACUCGCCCCAAGACAGAAAACGCAAAGCAAAUUCUUAUAGAGACACGAUCAGAAAACAAGAAAGAUCUCCGGAACGAAGACAGAAAUCGAGGGAUCGCGAUGAUCAUAGACAGAAUAAAAUUUCAAGCCGAAGAAAAAGUCCCGAGAGGAAGCGUAAUCUCUCUGUGCCCAAACAAGUUAAAAAGAAAUCAAAACGUGCACCCAGCAGCAGUUCAGACUCCAGUGAAAGUUCCUCGGAGUCCGAGAGUGAAUCGGACACAACAUCUUCAGAUAGCUCCGAGGACACCUCCUCCACUAGUAACAGUUCCUCUUUAUCGGACGAGCGCAACAAGCGCAAGAAGAGCAAGAAAUCCAAACAAAAUAAUGUAAAGUCAAAGAGAAGCCACAAAUCGAAAAGGAAACAGCAUAGGAAAUAAAGAUAAACGAAAUUCUUGAUCAGAA